GGUCAUUUCUUGAAAUUUUGAAUCACUUUUUUUCAUAGCACAAGAUCUGAUUUUGAGCAGAGUAGAUGGACACCGUUUUCCACAUAAAUUAUACAAAAAGAAGCCACGGGUCCUUGAGAUUCACAUAAAAUAUAGAACAUUUGGGAUUUUCGACAAAGAGAAAGUGAUAGCACCACCAAGUAACAAAGCACCAUAUAUCCUCUAAUCCUCAUCCUUUUUUUUCAUUCACUAACUUUGGGCUAAGGUUAUCUAUAUAUAUAUGGCUGAAACGCCGGUGCGUUUCGGAAUAUUGGGCUGUGCUAAUAUAGCACGCAAGGUAUCAAGGGCGAUUAGGCUCGCUCCCAACUGCACCAUCUGCGCCAUCGGUAGCCGUUCGAUCGAGAAGGCGUCGGCUUUUGCGGCCGAGAAUGGCUUCCCGGCGACGGCUAAAGUGUAUGGCAGCUAUGAAGCGGUGAUCGAUGACCCGGACGUGGAAGCCGUGUACGUGCCUCUCCCGACGAGCCUUCACCUGCGCUAUGCGGUCUUGGCCGCCCAGAAGAAAAAGCACGUGCUGUUGGAGAAGCCGGUGGCUCUCAACGUGUCGGAGCUGGACACCAUCUUGGAGGCGUGUGAAGCUAAUGGAGUGCAGUUCAUGGACGCCACCAUGUGGAUGCACCAUCCGCGGACAGCUAAGAUGACUGAGUUUCUCUCCGACCCACAACAUUUUGGCAAACUCAAAUCGGUUACUAGCUCCUUUACCUAUAAUCCUGGUCCUGACUUUCUUAAGAAUGACAUUCGUGUGAAGCCGGAUUUGGAUGCUCUUGGAGCUCUCGGUGACACUGGUUGGUACUGCGUCAGGGCAAUCCUUUGGUCUGUUGGCUAUGAAUUGCCUAAAACGGUAACAGCCCUGCGUGACCCUGAAUAUAACAAAGCAGGAGUGAUUAUGUCAUGUGGCUCUUCUUUGAGUUGGGUAGAUGGGAAAGUUGCUACCUUCUAUUGCUCUUUCCUAACAAACUUGACGAUGGAUAUAAAUGCUCUUGGAACUGACGGAAAUUUGCGUGUCCAUGACUUUGUCAUUCCUUUUCAAGAGGACAUCGCGCCCUUUUAUGCAGCUUCAAAUUCUAGGUUUCAGGAACUCUCUAUUGGGUGUGAACCAAAACCGAGUGAGCACUGUGUUACCACAGAUCUUCCUCAGGAAGCUCUAAUGGUGAAGGAAUUUGCUAGUCUGGUUGGAAGUAUCAUGAGAAAUGGUUCGAAACCUGAGAAGAAAUGGCCAACCCUCAGUAGGAAGACACAACUGGUUUUGGAUGCUGUCAAGUCAUCGAUUGAGCGCGGUUUCGAGCCUGUUGAGGUUGGGAAUUAGUUGAGCCCCAUGUUCUGGCAUCUAUGUAUUGCAGUGGUACUGUUUAUUGCAUGUUAAAUUAGAUUAUAGUCCUUGUACUAUUUCUAUGGAUGUUGUGGUCUUGAGCCGUAAAUGAGCUGGCUGCUUGAAUAAAUAAUGAGCUCAAGGCUUGAAAUGUAAGGAUUUGUGAUAUUUGAGGAAUGAGACUUUUUUUUUUUUU